GCUGGGCAGGAAGUCGGGGCAGGCGGGGCGGAGACGAGCUUUGGGUACUCGGAGCGCCCAGACCUUGCGGCUUAACGCUCGUCCUCCGUGCCUGCAGCAUCCUCUGCUUCUUUCCCGGGCAGCGCUAUCCGGCGGUCAGAAAGUCACCAUGUCUAUUCUCAAGAUCCACGCCAGAGAGAUCUUUGACUCUCGUGGGAAUCCCACCGUUGAAGUUGACCUCUACACCUCCAAAGGUCUCUUCAGAGCUGCUGUGCCCAGUGGUGCCUCAACUGGUGUCUACGAGGCCCUCGAGCUCCGGGACAAUGACAAGACCCGCUACAUGGGGAAGGGUGUCUCAAAGGCUGUUGAGCACAUCAAUAAAACUAUUGCACCUGCCCUGAUUAGCAAGAAACUGAACGUCGUGGAGCAGGAGAAGAUUGACAGACUGAUGAUCGAGAUGGAUGGGACAGAAAAUAAAUCUAAAUUUGGUGCAAACGCCAUUCUGGGUGUGUCCCUGGCUGUCUGCAAGGCGGGGGCCGUGGAAAAGGGGGUGCCCCUAUACCGACACGUUGCUGACUUGGCUGGCAAUGCUGAAGUCAUCCUGCCGGUUCCGGCUUUCAACGUCAUCAACGGUGGUUCUCAUGCUGGCAACAAGCUGGCCAUGCAGGAGUUCAUGAUCCUGCCCGUUGGUGCGGCCAACUUCAGGGAAGCCAUGCGCAUCGGAGCCGAGGUUUACCACAACCUGAAGAAUGUCAUCAAGGAGAAAUACGGAAAAGAUGCCACCAAUGUGGGGGAUGAAGGCGGCUUUGCGCCUAACAUCCUGGAGAACAAAGAAGCUCUGGAGCUGCUAAAGAACGCCAUCGGGAAAGCCGGCUACACCGACAAGGUGGUCAUCGGCAUGGACGUAGCUGCUUCUGAGUUCUUCAGGUCGGGCAAGUAUGACCUGGACUUCAAGUCCCCCGAUGACCCGAGCAGGUACAUCACGCCUGACGAGCUGGCCAACCUGUACAAGUCCUUCAUCAAGGACUACCCAGUGGUGUCCAUCGAGGACCCCUUUGACCAGGAUGACUGGGAAGCGUGGCAGAAGUUCACUGCCACCGCCGGUAUCCAGGUGGUGGGGGAUGAUCUCACCGUGACUAACCCGAAACGGAUCUCCAAGGCCGUGGGCGAGAAAUCGUGCAACUGCCUCCUGCUGAAAGUGAACCAGAUCGGCUCCGUGACCGAGUCGCUGCAGGCGUGCAAGCUGGCCCAGUCCAAUGGCUGGGGCGUCAUGGUGUCGCAUCGCUCUGGGGAGACCGAAGAUACCUUCAUCGCUGACCUGGUGGUGGGACUUUGCACCGGGCAGAUCAAGACAGGGGCACCUUGCCGAUCUGAGCGCUUGGCCAAGUACAACCAGAUCCUCAGAAUUGAAGAGGAACUGGGUAGCAAGGCUAAGUUCGCUGGCAGAAACUUCAGAAACCCCCUGGCCAAGUAAGCUCCAGGCGGCGCACCCCGAGUCCUGCGGUCCUGAGUCGGCCCAUUAGACCUCUGCUCCCCCCCGGGCAGCUCAAGGCCCCCAGCCAAAACUGGCCGGGGCCCCUGCUGGUUAACUACCCUCUCCCGUCCCCGUGAUGUUCUCACUGCUUCCUUAGAACUUAGAACUGCUGUAGAAGCCAAACUUGACCAUCUGGGACCCUGCUGGAAACCCUAACUCUAAUCGUGUGAUUGGCCCAAGUCAUUGUUUUCUCACCUCACUUCCCACCCAGUGUCUGGAGCCACGUCUGUCUACUUUAUAAUCUUGAGUUGUCCACAGGCGAGAUCCCCAGUGGUUUUGUGUGCAGAAUAAAAAGGCCUCAGUGACCUGUAGGAA